AAUAGAGCGGCGAAGCGUAUGUGGAGACGAUACGCGGGAACUUGUUGUGUCAGUGGUGUUUGGCGUUCCUGUUUUGCAAUGUCCGUGACAAAUUAUACUGCCGUGUUUGCUGUUUGCUAUUUGCCGUUUGCUAUUUGCUGCUAAUUUAAAUGCAGUUUUUGAAAUGCACUCACAUAAACAUUUGCACGUAUCGUGUUUCUAAGUAGACAGCAGUUAAACGGAAAGAAACGUUCAAUGCAGAAACGUAAAAUGUGAAAAAAGUUGAACAAAGAAGCUAAGUAAUUUAUCAAAGAUGAGAUCAUAUUGAACAAUUUUUUUAAAGCAGUGAAAGUAAUUGCAGUAACAGUGCACUAAAAGACGUUGGUUGCCGUUUGUUUUUUUUGUUUUUGGUUUUUUUGCAAAGGGGAAAUAAAAACUACAAAGUUUUGUAAAAAGUGAAAUAUUAUCUAGAAAAUAUAUGUCGCCUACGCUCAGUUGCUGAUAAAUGAUACUCAUAAAUAAAAAAAAAACUGCGAAACACUUGCCACAAAUACGUAUCCACAAAAUAAUGCAUAAGUUUUGAAUUUCAUUUGGGAAGUCGUGGCUUGCAGUAAUCGACUUCUAAUCGAAUACUCGUGGCAGCAAAAAAAGGCAGCUCAUUCAGAACCCACCUACAGAUUUCCAAACAAAUCUUCACAACUGAUAUUAGACUUUACGCGAAGAAAGUCAUAACAGUUUUAUAAUUUUAUAAAUUAACGUAGCACAAAAACAGACCUCAAAACCUCAAAAUGAAUAACUCGGAGCUGGAGAAGUUACAAAAUGGUAAUUUAGCGCACAAAGUUUUAAUUGUGAAAAGACUCGAUAAAACGAAACCACCGAAGCCAUUGGGCGAACGCAGAAAAGCUGUAUUGCGACAGGAGCUGAUGGUACUCCUCGGAAACACGUGUGUAGUAGCAUCUGGCAUGUCCGUAGCCUUGCCUUCCGUGUCUCUCGCUCAACUGACAAAUCCAAAUGAUAUUUACCAACUCAACACAGAGGAGAGUAGUUGGUUCGCAUCCAUCAACAGCAUGGCUUGCCCACUCGGCGGUUUGUUAGUGGGUUACUUGAUGGAUCGGAUCGGCCGUCGGAACACAAUGCUAUGCACGAAUUUUGUAGGCAUUAUCGGCUUGGUACUGCUAGCCACUGGACCCUACCAAAGCACACGUGAAGCCAUUUACAUACAGUUACUCAUAGGACGUUUUCUUUGUGGUCUAAUGAUUGGUCUGUCACUUUCACCCAUUGGUUCUUACUCGGCUGAGAUCAGCUUGCCGCGCUACCGAGGGCGCCUAGUUAUGGGCACGUCGAUUGCUAUAGCUUGCGGUAUACUACUGAUGUAUUUAUUGGGCUAUUUCAUACGAAACAACUUUAAAUUGAUCUCCAUUAUAUCCGUUGUUUAUCAAUGUUUUGCAUUCUGCUGCUGCCUGCCUAUGCCCGAAUCACCCAGUUGGCUACUGCAGAAAGGCUAUGAGGAACGUGCACGUAAAUCGCUCAAAUAUUUUCGUGGUCUCUCGCAUAAAGAUAACAACCUUUACGAGGAGUUUGAAACAGAAUUGGCAUUGAUAAAGAAAAAUUCCGAUCUCAGUCGUACAGCUGCCGCCAAUGAGUCACUUUUGCAGGCCAUACGCGCACCGGAAGUCUAUAAGCCGUUGAUCAUAAUGAUCGGUUUCUUCUUCUUCCAGCAGUGCUCCGGCAUUGUUGUAGUUAUAGUAUUCGCUGCUCAAAUCGCAACGCGCGCUGGUGUCUCCACCGAUCCGCUGCUUGUGGCUGUGUUUGUCGGUGUGGCGCGCAUUGUCACCACAUUUUUUAUGGGCAUGAUUUUCGAUAAGUGGGGCAGACGUCCAGCUGGCAUAGUAUCUGCGGCUGGCAUGACCAUUUGUAUGAUGCUGCUCGCCGCCAACGGUUGGUGGCCAGUUCUAGGUGAGCGCCUGCCAUUGUUGUCCGUCAUUUGUAUUGUGCUGCAUAUAAUCUUCUCCACAAUGGGACUGCUAACUCUGCCAUUCUUUAUGAUCUCGGAGGUGUUUCCGCAACGGGUGCGUGGCAGCGCCAAUGGCUUUACGCUCUGCAUUGGUCUUUUAUUCUCGUUCAGCGUUGUGAAGCUGUAUCCCACCAUGGAGUCGCUGAUAGGCACCGCGAAUAGUUUCGCCUUCUUCGGUUCGAUUUCGUUGUUGGGUGUGGCAUUCAUUUAUUUCAUGGUGCCCGAGACGAAAGGUCGUACGCUGCUUGAGAUCGAGGACUACUUCCGUACAGGGCGGCGUGUGACCAAUGCUGAGGUGGCGCGUCGGCAAUCACAAAUUGCGAUGGAGGAGGCGGUGGGAAUUUAUCGAUCGGAUUUAGAAUUAAAUGAAGUAUUUUUAAAAUUAAGUAAAGUGGAAGAUAAGGACAGCGAUAAGGACGUACAACAAAAAUAAUGAUAGGCAGUACUUUUGUUGAUUUUAAUGGCAUUAUUUUUGUAGAAAUAAUUGUACUUAAAGUAAAUACGUAUUAACAACUAGACUGUGAUGUAUGUAAGGGCUAGGACCAAAGGAAAAUUUAGCCAAAAAAAUCGGUAUUCUGAAAAAGGUACAAAAAAUAUAUGAAGAUACGAAUUUAAUAAAAGUGUAAAGGAUAUGAAAACAUAA